AAUGCCUGUUGCAGGUUGAUGGAUCGCAUGCAGCAGAAACAAAUCAGCACUGAGCCCUGUGGGCCCAAAGUGCAACCCGGCCCCUGUGCAUUGAUCAGAGCCGGUCAAGGUUUACGGCCGGAGCUCGCAAUCCGGGAUCCACCUCUCAUCAGCCCGUCAGAGGUGCUCAAGAAACAGCCUGGAUUGAGCCCCAUGCAGUCUGCAGUUGCACCUAUGAAACUGACAGAGCAAAUGCACUCAGGGCAGCCAAAGUCUGGGUCCACUUCAGCAACACUGGCAAGCAUAAGCCGUCCAAGACCGACUGCUCUUGGAACUAAACCUACUCCAAAGAUGACUAGAAUCUCAGUGGACCCCUCCAAGGAAAUAGAUUUGAUCCCAGUUUGCAUCCCAGGGCCUCAGAGUUCCACCGUCCUGCCGCAUUCCCCGACAGAGUCCUCCUUCUCCCUCCACAGUCCUCAAAGUCCCCACAGCCCUCAGUCUUACACCAGCCAACCUUACCUGAGCCCCAACCCCAGCCUCUGCCCUAAACCCAGCCUCUGUCCUCAGCCACUGAGGAGCCCCUCACCUGGGAGCUCAACACAGAGCCAAGCGCAGUCCGAGAAGCCAGGAGAGAACAAUGACUUCAGGGUGCACAUCGUCACAUGGAACGUGGGAUCAGCUGUCCCGCCAGAUGACAUCACUUCUCUGUUCGGACCAAAUGUUUCUGAUGGGAGCGUUGACAUGUUUAUCAUCGGACUCCAGGAAGUCAACUCCAUGAUAAACAAGCGGCUCAAGGAUGUUCUUUUCUCAGACCAGUGGAGUGAGCUUUGCAUGGACACGCUCAGUCCUUUUGGAUAUGUUUUGGUGGCGUCCCAGCGUAUGCAGGGCGUGCUGCUGCUGGUUUUCUCUAAAUUCUGUCACCUUCCAUUCCUCAGAGGUGUGCAGACGGAGAGCACACGCACAGGACUUGGGGGAUAUUGGGGGAAUAAAGGGGGCGUCAGCGCGAGGAUGACAGUGUUUGGCCACCCGGUGUGCUUUCUCAACUGUCACCUGCCAGCUCACAUGAGGAACCUGGAGCAGCGGAUGGAGGACUUUGAAAGCAUCCUGCAGCAGCAGCAGUUUGAUGGAGGGACUGCCACCGGUGUGCUGGACCACGAUGUCGUGUUUUGGUUCGGAGAUUUAAAUUUCCGCAUUGAGGACUACGACAUCCACGUGGUGAAAUGUGCCAUCGACAGCAAUAAGCUGCCUCUUCUGUGGGAGCGAGAUCAGCUCAACAUGGCUAAAAACACAGAGUCCAUCCUGGAAGGCUUCACUGAGGGACCACUCAACUUCCCACCUACUUACAAGUUUGACGUGGGCACUCACACGUACGACACCAGUGCUAAGAAGAGGAAACCUGCCUGGACGGACCGAAUCCUCUGGCGCCUUCGGCGUACUGGCUCCCCAGUUCCUACCCACAAUGCGGCACUGCAGCGGGGUCUGACCUCGUGGUUGGGUGGGGCGACUAAAGUCACGCAGCACGUGUACCGAAGUCACAUGGGCUACACCAUCAGUGACCACAAGCCUGUUUCUGCCAUGUUUUCGCUGCAUUUCCCAUUCAAGGUGGAUGCGCCCCUGGUGGAGCUGCAGGUGAACAAGGAGUGGUGUAAAGUCUCGGAUGCUAUAGUCGGAUUCACUGUUGCAUCAACUUAUCAGCGCAGCUCAUGGGACUGGGUAGCAAUAUACAAGGUUGGAUUCAGGCAUCACAAAGAUUACCAGGCAUACAUAUGGGCCAAGGGAGAGCAUGCAACACAGGUGACAUUUUCAGAGGAGGAUUUGCCAAGAGACGACUGUGAAUACAUGCUGGGUUACUACAGUAAUAAUAUGAACAGUGUCGUUGGACUGUCGACACCAAUUCAGAUCAAGAUUCCGGUCCACAGCCCCACCGCUCGUCGCUCUGACGGCUCAGACGUCAGCUCGGAAGAUGACAGCACUCUGGUUCUGCUGGCUCCCAGCUCCCGCAGCCCGAGCCCUAAAACCGGCAAACAUCACCAUCGCCACCGUCGCAGCCGCAGCCCCGCUGUCCCUGCUCUUUCCUCCAACCCUCUCCCCUCCCUGCAGGGCCUUAGCCUCUGUCCUCGCUCCAAAGAAGGCCAGACUCGCAGUCGCUCACCCUGCUCUGCUGCUAAAAAGGAGCGACUAGUCUCCCCUGACACUGCGCAGUCUCCCGCCAUCAGUCCACUCAGUCCCCGCAGCCCUGUGUCUCCAGGUGGCGGGGUGACUGCACCGGAGGCCCUGAUCGCUGCCAUCUUGGGUGAACACAGACCAGCUCAGGUUAGCCCCACAGGGGUCAAACAGAUAGGAAAGACAGGGGAGACAAACACUGCAUAG